AUGACCGGCGAAACCGCCAAAACCCCUCCGGUAAAAGCGGAUGCGACAACUGCGCAGAUAGAUGAGAAAGCGAAGUUUGCCGUACCGGAGUGGGCCACACGACCGCCUGCAGGGUCACAUCUGGACGUGUGCAAGGGCGAUCAGCUUAUUCAGAAGCUGAUGAUUGACGAAAAGCCGGCAUACUACUUUGGCCGCAACCCGAAACAAGUGGAUUUUGCUGUAGAACAUGCCUCAUGCUCACGAGUACAUGCUCUACUUAUGUACCAUGGCGUAUUAAAACGAUUCGCCCUUGUAGAUAUGGAAAGUAGUCAUGGUACUUUUCUCGGAAAUAUACGAUUGGAACCGCUUAAGGUUGUAUUUGUCGACAUCGGCGUACCUUUCCAUUUCGGAGCAUCAACUAGAAGGUUGGAAAGUGUCUUACCUUCACCUGAUUUUAUGAAUUUUUUCCAUUUGGUACGUAAUCGAGCAGAAUGGCGCGUUAAUAGUCAAGCACAGUAUUCUUCAAAUUCUAAGCAAUGCAAAAAUUAAGA